UACUAAGAGACAAUCAUAAAGCUUUGCUGUGUACCAAAAAUAAGGCCCCACCGACCCACACGCUUUUUCUAAUUUUAACACAAUACAAAUCCCACAUAGCCACCGCCAAUUUCCUCCUCCAGAUUCAAAUAACCACCUCUUUUUUGGUAUCCUCGGUUUUCUUCUCCCUCUUCCGCCGCCGUCUCCGUCGCCGCCACCGUCGCCAAAUCCAAUUCCUCUCUGUCUCUAUCAAUCAAUCGCAUUGUUUCGACAUUUGUGAAAUCCGAUAUGGCUGCACUCGAAGUUGAGCAGCUUAAUCAACUACGCGACAUUUUUGCACGAUUCGACAUGGAUUCCGACGGAAGUCUCACAAUUCUUGAACUAGCGGCAUUGCUUCGAUCUCUCGGUCUGAAGCCCUCCGGCGAUCAAAUCCACGUUCUUCUUGCUAAUAUGGAUUCAAACGGUAAUGGAUCUGUUGAGUUCGACGAAUUGGUGACGGCGAUUAUGCCGGAUUUCAACGAGGAGGUAAUGGUAAAUCAGACGCAGCUUCUGGAGGUUUUCCGUUCGUUCGAUCGAGAUGGAAAUGGAUAUAUAACAGCGGCGGAGCUGGCGGGAUCUAUGGCGAAGAUGGGACAGCCAUUGACGUACAGAGAGUUAACAGAGAUGAUGAAGGAAGCAGAUACGGAUGGCGAUGGAGUUAUUAGCUUCAAUGAAUUUGCAUCUGUAAUGGCGAAAUCUGCCGCUGAUUUUCUAGGGCUUGCAAUCUCUUAAGUGAUUAGGUCAGAAUCAUUUCUCCUCUUUAAUCUGUAACUGUAAUAUAAUUAUCAAAAGUUUUUCCCACUCUGAUCUAAUCAACAAACACCAACGCCCCGCCAUGAUCUAAUC